AAUUCACGUACAUGCACAGCACUCCGGUGAGCUACAGUGUGAUGUAUGCUAUACAUUCAGCGCAUUCACGGAUGCUCACUGUUGUUCUUGUGCUGCUUCCUCAGAAUGCUCAUUCUCGAGGCACUGUGCCAAUUAUUACAUUCAGCACUCAAACUAUACUUUGACAAUGGCCUUCUGCCACCAAUCGCCUGUCGCGGGAUUUAGUACCGGAACAGUACUGAGAAGACGAGGAUAUGUAUCGCAAAGCUCACAGUGGGAGGAACUACUCCCAAUAUUCAACAUACUAUGGCCGCAAAUGACUCGUCCGAGACUGAUGGAAGAAAUGGAGGAUUGCUACGGAUUUCGCGCCACCAAAGAUCAGUAUAAGAAAAAGUUCGACGAGUGGUACGAGAGAGGUGUGCUACCCCGAAAGAAUCGCAAGAGUUCGUCGGCGCACACCAAAGCUCCGAAGAAAUGCGUGAAAAGAAAGUCGACAAAAUGCGGGUCUCACAAGUUUAAAUGUCGAUACGACCAAGGGGCUGCCGGAGACGUGAAGAUUGGACUGCUCACUCCCGCCCUGACCUCAGAUGACAACGAGCUUCCUUUCCUCGAAGAGAAAGCAGUAUUACUCUACAGCGCAGUAAGUACAAAACUGGAGGAUAUCAAGCUCAAGACGGAUAUACUCUAUGCCUCAGAACAUGAAGACGUCCUCCUACAACGAUCCUGCGUCCUCGGUACCAUACCGCAGCAGAGCGACCAUCACCAUCCCAACGACCCAUGGGACGCCUGGUUUGCCGCUAAUCACCAAGACGUCGACGAAAUCGAAGUCGGCGAAGCGGUGCACAAGAUGAUCGAACUCCUUCUUGACGUUGACUUCGAGGAGGAGCGGCCAUCUUGCCAUCCGAAUGACGCGCAAGGCGGUUUCCCGCAGCAGUCACAAUCGCAGACAGGAGCCGAUCCUGAGGCUCUUGGGGAUGCACGGGAGAAACAGAAUGACACGUACCUGAUGCAUGUCGACCCCCCGUUGCAAUCGCAAUCGGUGCGAACAGUCUCCAUACAUUCGUAUAUGGCGACCUUCUGCUGUGCUUGCAAUGAUGGGCCAUACGAUGCACGAGUAUCUGUAGGCUGUGCGAUGCCGGAAUGUGGCGGUCACUUGUUCUGCUCGAACUGCACAGUGGAGUGUAUUGAUCGCGAGGAGGCAUUGAGAUGGGCAUAUGACUACGACCCACUGAUCAGCCGGGCAUAGAAUGCACGAAAGCUUCAAGCACGCGUUAUAGACCUGGGAGAGAGCUUGAUCUGAAGCAUAAUAGAUCAGA